UCGUCUUCCUCGAGUGCGGUGCAGUUGUCUGCCCUCCCAAAGAAAAAAAACCCCAAAAACUCUCUCCAUAUUUUCCUUAUCUCUUUAUCUCCCUACCGUUAUCAUUAUAUUUUAUUUUAUUUUCUCAGCUUCAACGUUUCAUCUUCUUCUUAGUUCACUCGUUCCUGAAAACCCUAAAAAAAUUUCUCUUUAAUUAACCGUAAAAGACAAGAUUCUUGCUGAAUUGGAAGAGAUGGCGCAAAUUCAGGUGCAGCCUCAGGCGGUGGCGACGACGGGGCCGAACGGAGUGGCGGUGCCGCCGCCGCCGGCAGUGGCUGGGCAGCUUCUUUCGACGUCUCUGUAUGUGGGUGAUUUGGAUUUCAACGUGACGGAUUCACAGCUCUACGAUCUGUUUAGUCAGGUUGGACAGGUGAUUUCGGUUAGGGUUUGCAGAGAUCUGGGCACUCGCCGGAGUCUUGGAUAUGGAUAUGUUAACUUUAGCAACCCUCAAGAAGCUUCCAGAGCAAUGGAAAUGUUGAAUUUCACUCCUCUCAAUAACAAGUCGAUUCGUGUGAUGUAUUCUCACCGGGACCCAAGUAUCCGAAAGAGUGGCACAGCGAAUAUAUUUAUCAAAAAUUUGGAUAAAACCAUUGAUAACAAAGCACUGCACGACACUUUUUCAAGCUUUGGGAACAUCCUUUCUUGCAAAGUGGCAACGGAUCAGAAUGGCCAGUCCAAGGGCUAUGGGUUUGUGCAAUUUGAUCACGAAGAAUCGGCGCAGAAUGCUAUAGAUAAGUUGAAUGGAAUGCUUAUUAAUGAUAAACAGGUGUAUGUUGGGCAUUUCCUCCGUAAGCAAGAGAGGGACAUUGCAUCAAAUAAAACUAGGUUCAACAACGUCUACGUGAAAAACUUAGCUGAAUCUACCACUGAUGAUGAGUUGAACAAAAUUUUUGGUGAAUAUGGAAUUAUCACGAGCUGUAUAGUCAUGAGGGAUGCUGAUGGAAAGUCCAAAUGUUUUGGAUUUGUCAAUUUUGAAAAUGCUGAUGAUGCUGCUAAAGCUGUUGAAGCUCUAAAUGGGAAGAAAUUUGAUGAAAAAGAGUGGUAUGUUGGGAAAGCCCAGAAGAAGUUGGAGAGAGAACAGGAGCUCAAAAGUAGAUUCGAGAUGGCCGCCAGGGAAACUGUCGACAGAUUUCAAGGAGUAAAUCUAUAUAUUAAGAACUUAGAUGAUAGCAUUGAUGAUGAAAAAUUGAAAGAACUCUUUUCAGAGUUUGGUACGAUCACAUCGUGCAAGGUUAUGCGGGAUCCUAGUGGAAUUAGCAAGGGGUCGGGAUUUGUCGCCUUUUCUACUUCUGAGGAAGCUUCUCGGGCUCUUUCUCAAAUGAAUGGGAAAAUGGUGAUCAGCAAACCACUCUAUGUUGCGCUUGCGCAGCGUAGAGAAGAUCGAAGAGCCCGAUUACAGGCUCAGUUUCAACAAAUGAGGCCUCUUGGAAUGCCCCAGUCUAUUGGUCCACGCAUGCCGAUUUACCCUCCUGGCGCUCCUGGCAUCGGGCAGCAGCUAUUUUACGGACAAGCUCCUCCUGCCAUAAUCCCCCCUCAGGGCGGAUUUGGUUAUCAGCAACAGCUUGUUCCAGGGCUGCGCCCUGGAGGCGCUCACAUGCCAAAUUUCUUUGUGCCGCUAGUUCAACAGGGUCAGCAGGGACGCCCUGCCGGUAGGCGAGGAGCAGGGCAACAACCGCAGCAGCCCGUGCCUCCAAUGCAGCAACAGAUGUUACCCAGGGGGGGUAGGAUGUUUAGGUACCCUACCGGCCGGAAUGGACCUGAUGCGCCGCCCAUGGCCGGUGGGAUGCUCUCUGCUCCGUACGACAUCAGCGGGAUGAUUCCUCGGGAUGCAGCAGCCGCGCCGCAGCCUAUGCCGAUCACUGCCUUGGCUUCUGCGCUGGCUAAUGCGACUCCUGAGCACCAAAGGACGAUGUUGGGUGAGAAUUUGUAUCCUCUCGUCGAUCAGCUUGAGCAUGAACAUGCUGCGAAAGUCACCGGAAUGCUCCUAGAGAUGGACCAGACUGAGGUUCUGCAUCUGCUCGAAUCUCCUGAUGCUUUGAAAAAUAAGGUUGCCGAGGCUAUGGAUGUUCUGAGGAAUGUUCAGCAGUCGAAUGUCCCUUCCGAGCAACUUUCCACGCUGUCCCUCGCCGACUAAUUCGAUUUCCAACAAGACUUGAUCUUUUUGUAAGGUGUGCUGAUUAUUACUACUUAGGAUGUUUUGCAUCGGGGUGAAGAGACCACCUUGAUCCAUGUUUUCGAAUCUUUUUGGGAUUUCCGAGAUUCUUUUUGUCGUAAGUUAUGGUUUUUGUUUGGACUA